AUGGGGCUCAAGGUCUACAGAGCUGCCCUGGAGCACAGUGGAGGUGUGGACUUCCUGGUGUGUAAUGCUGCCGUUAACCCCUUGGUGGGGAGCACCUUGGGGACCAGUGAGCAGGUGUGGGACAAGGAGCUGGGUGCCUACAAUGUCAGUAAGACAGCCCUGCUUGGCCUCACCAGGACGCUGGCAUUGGAACUGGCCCCCAAGGGCAUCCGGGUGAACUGCCUGGUUCCGGGAUUAAUUGAAACUGACUUCAGCAAAGUGUUCCAUAAGGAUGAGGCUUCCUGGAACAAAAUCAAAGAAAACUAUCAGCUGCAGAGGAUCGGGCAGCCUGAGGACUGUGCAGGUCUCGUGUCCUUCCUGUGCUCUCCAGAUGCCAGCUACAUCACCGGCGAGAACAUCGUGGAGGAGGGUGAGGAUGGAAGAUCUGUCACAGCCAUCUCUGCCUACGGGAUCGGCUUUGUCAUCACCAGGUGUCUGGCCCAGGACGGGGCCCACGUGGUGGUCAGCAGCCGGAGGCAGCAGAACGUGGACCGGGCUGUGGCAGCGCUGCAGGGGGAGAAGCUGAGUGUGAUGGGCACUGUGUGCCACGUGGGGAAGGCCGAGGACCAGGAACGACUGGUGGCCAUGGCCCUGGAGCACAGCGGAGGUGUGGACUUCCUGGUGUGUAAUGCUGCCGUCAACCCCUUGGUGGGGAGCAUCCUGGGGAGCAGUGAGCAGGUGUGGGACAAGAUCCUGAGCAUCAAUGUGAAGACCCCAGCCCUGCUGCUGAGCCAGCUGCUGACCCACAUGGAGAAGAGAGGGGCAGAGAGGGGUGCUGUCAUCCUGGUGUCCUCCAUUUCUGCUUAUAUACCACGUGUGGAGCUGGGUGCCUACAAUGUCAGUAAGACAGUCCUGCUUGGCCUCACCAGGAUGCUGUCAUUGGAGCUGGCUCCCAAGGGCAUCCGGGUGAACUGCCUGGUUCCAGGAUUGAGACUGAUUUCAGCAAAGUGCUGAUUAAAUAAGAAUGAGGUUUUCUGGAACAACUUCAAAGAAAACAACUAGCUGCAGAGGAUCGGGCAGCCUGGCGACUGUGCAGGUCUCGUGUCCUUCCUGUGCUCUCCAGAUGCCAGCUACAUCACCGGCGAGAACAUCGUGGUGGCUGGCUUCUCCCCUCGGCUCUGA